AUGGAGGUUAAUGUGGUUGAGAAACGCCAUCGAACGCGGUCCAAAGGAGUCAGAGCCGCCGUGGAGGCCGUAACGCAGGAGUUAUUCAGCUGCCCGACCCCCGGCUGUGACGGCAGCGGCCACGUCAGCGGGAAGUACGCCCGACACCGCAGCGUCUACGGCUGCCCGCUGGCCAAGAAGAGGAAGGCUCUGGACAAGCAGCCGCUGGAGCCCAACCCCAAGAGGAGGCCCUUCCUCGCCCCCCCGCCCGGCGGCGAGGAAGAGGAGGAGCAGGAGGGCGGGGGCGGGGCCUACGCCGGCUACCAUGGCGGGGCCACCGGCCCGGGCCGGGUGGAGAAGGAGCGGGGCGAGGUAGUGGAGGAGGAGGACGAGGAGGAGGAGGAAGACGGGGAGGUGGAGGACGAGUUCUCGGAGGAGGAGGAGGAGCAGGGGGAGGAAGAGGAGGAGGAGGAGGAGGAUGAAGAGGAGGAGAUAGAGGUGGAGCGGGGAGACAUGACGAUAGGAGGAGGGCGGGUGGAGGAGGAGGAGGAAGAGGAGGAGGAGGAUGGGAUGGAUGAGGAGGAGGACGAUGACGAGGAGCAGGAGGAUGAAGAUGAGCAGGAGGAAGAGGAGGAGGACGAGGAAGAGGAGGAGCAGAACCAUCACCAGCGGGCAGACCUCUACAAGCCCGGCGGACAAUCAAAACUGCUUCCUGCGGAGAAGGACGACAACAACAACAGCUGCGCGCUCGGCGCCGGGCACCCCGGCGGGAACCCCGGCUUGAACCCGCCCGGGGAGGACUACGAGAACUACGACGAGCUGGUGGCCAAGUCGCUGCUCAACCUGGGCAAGAUCGCGGAGGACGCCGCCUACCAGGCCAUGACGGAGUCGGAGAUGAACAGCAACUCGUCCAACAGCGGCGGCGAGGACGACGACGAGGACGAGGACGACGGCAGCGAGCAGGGCGACCCCAAGGGGGCGCUGAGCGUGGACCUGGACAGCGACGUGGUCCGGGAGACGGUGGACUCCCUGAAGCUGCUGGCCCAGGGCCACGGCGCCAUGAUGCCGGAGGACGGCUACCACGACGGCGGCCUGGACGGCGGCGUCCUGGCCAACGGCCCCCCCGGCGUCCGGCUGCAGGCCAUGGAGAGCGGCGAGGAGGUUUGUCUCAGCAGCCUGGAGUGUCUGAGGAACCAGUGCUUCGAUCUGGCCCGGAAGCUGAGCGAGACCACGCCGUCGGACCGGCCCGUCCUGCACCACCUGCACCACCACCUGCAGCACCCGGGGGACCAGCCGCUGGAGCACCACCUGAGCAGGUACGACGCCUGCCACCAGGGGGCGGCGGAGGACCCCCGCGGCCUGGAGCGCAGCUACUCAGACAUGGUGAACCUGAUGAAGCUGGAGGAGGAGCUGAGCCCGGCGUCCCGGGGCUACCCGACCAGCUGCAGCCAGGAGGGCGACGAGGACACCACCUCGGUGGCGUCGGACCGCUCCGACGAGACCUUCGACAUGGCCAAGGGCAACCUGUCCCUGCUGGAGAAGGCCAUCGCGCUGGAGUCCGAGAGGGCCAAGGUCAUGAGGGACCGCAUGGCCUCGGAGCACGCCAUGCCCCGCCGGGACCACCGGGACCACCGAGACCACCACCGGGACCACCGGGACCACCACCGGGACCACCACCGGGACCACCACCGGGACCACCACCGCGACCACCACCGCGGCCACGGCGAGCACAGCCCCCGGCUGAGCAGCGCCGCCGAGGAGCGCAGGUCCAGGAUGCAGCAGGACGGGCUGAAGAGGGCGUACUACCCUAAAGAUUCUUCCAGAGGUGAAAAAAAGGAGAGUAAGUGUCCGACGCCGGGCUGCGACGGUACCGGCCACGUGACGGGUCUGUACCCGCAUCACCGCAGCCUGUCCGGGUGUCCCCACAAGGACCGCGUCCCGCCUGAGAUCCUUGCCAUGUAUGAAAAUGUUUUAAAGUGCCCGACUCCCGGCUGCUCUGGACGGGGUCAUGUCAAUAGCAACAGGAACUCGCACCGCAGUCUGUCCGGCUGCCCCAUCGCCGCCGCAGAGAAGAUGGCCAAGGUGCACGAGAAGAGCCACUCCAGCGACGGCGGCUGCAAGACCAACCAGACGUCGGACCGCGUCCUCAGGCCGAUGUGUUUCGUCAAGCAGCUGGAGAUUCCCCAGUACGGCUACAAGAACAACGUCCCCACCAGCACGCCGCGCUCCAACCUGACCAAGGAGCUGGAGAAAUACUCCAAGACCAGCUACGACUACGGCGGCUACGACGGCCAACACGGCGGCUACGGGAAGAGAGGCCCGACGGGCCGGUCGCACCACGGCCGCGACACGUCGCCCAAGGGAUACGACGCCAAGCGCUACUGCAAGACGUCCAGCCCGGCCAGCAGCACCACCAGCAGCUACGCUCCCAGCAGCAGCAGCAGCCUGAGCUGUGGAGGAGGAGGACCGGGAGGAGGAGGAGGAGGAGGAGGAGCAGGAGGAGGAGGAGGAGGAGGAGGAAGCAGCGCCAGCAGCACCUGCAGCAAGAGCAGCUUCGACUACACCCACGACAUGGAGGCGGCCCACAUGGCGGCCACGGCCAUCCUCAACCUGUCCACCAGGUGCCGGGAACUCCCCCACGCUCUGGGAGGGAAACCCCAGGACCUGCUGACCCAGAGUCCGGUUGACGACCUGGACGACAGCGGUGCGGUGGACGUGUCGGGCCAGCCCGGCGGCCCGGAGGGCAGCGGGACGGUGUUGACGCCCCUGCAGCCCAUGUCCCCCCAGCGCCAGGCCCUGCUCAGCAGCCGCUGCUACCAGCUGACCGACGCCGACUGCUGGGACCUUCCCGUCGACUACACCAAGAUGAAGCCGCUGGGAGACGAGCAGGACCACAAGGAGUCUGCUUAUUUCUCAUCCCUACACCAGAGCGACGAGCUGGACCCCUUCCAGGAGCUGCUGGAUGAGCAGCGCUACCCGGCCGAGGUGACGAUACCCAGCCCCAAACACCACAAAUACCCCCCCUGCAAGGAGAGCAAGAAGGAGCUCAUCACCCUGUCCAGUUGCCAGCUGGCCGACAAGAACAUCCGCAGCAUGAUGCCGUCCAACUCACAGGAACUCAAGUGUCCCACCCCCGGCUGCGACGGAUCCGGACACAUCACCGGGAACUACGCGUCCCACAGGAGCCUCUCCGGGUGUCCCCGAGCCAAGAAGAGCGGCAUCAAGAUCCUCCACAGCAAAGAGGACAAGGACGACCAGGAGCCGAUCAAGUGUCCGGUGCCGGGCUGCGACGGCCAGGGUCAUGUGACGGGGAAGUACGCGUCGCACCGCAGCGCGUCGGGCUGCCCGCUGGCGGCCAAGCGGCAGAAGGACAGCUACGUGAACGGCUCGCAGUUCGUGUGGAAGUCUGGGAAGACGGACGGCAUGAGCUGUCCCACUCCCGGCUGCGACGGGUCGGGACACGUCAGCGGGAGCUUCCUGACCCACCGAAGCCUCUCCGGUUGUCCCCGGGCCACCUCGGCCAUGAAGAAGGCCAGGAUGAGCGGCGUGGAAAUGCUGACAAUCAAACAAAGAGCCAGCAAAGGCAUUGAAAAUGACGAGGAAAUCAAACAGCUGGAUGAAGAAAUCAAAGAUCUGAAUGAGUCCAACAAUCAAGUGGAGUCAGACAUGAUAAAACUAAGGACACAGAUCACCACCAUGGAGACGAACCUCAAGUCCAUCGAGGACGAGAACAAGGUGAUCGAGCAGCAGAACGACUCCCUGCUGCACGAACUAGCCAACCUCAGCCAUUCGCUCAUAAACAGCCUGGCUAACAUCCAGCUUCCACACAUGAGACCGCCGCCACAGAAAGAGGCCCCAGUAAAGCAUAACUGCUGUUUACAGAUGCCUCCCAGAGAACCAAUGAAUGAACAGAACUUUGACACUUAUGUGAGUACGUUGACAGACAUGUACACCCACCAGGACCAGUACCAGAGCCCGGAGAACAAGGCGCUGCUGGAGAACAUCAAGCAGGCGGUGCAGGGGAUCCAGGUGUAGCUGCGACGGACGCCCCGGCAACGGCAGCGCCGCCGCCAAGAGAGAGGCUGCUGCUGUACUCUAAGAUACUUACUUUAUUUCCUCUGCGGUGAUGCUCUUCUCUACGGAAGAGUAUCAGGGCCAUGCAGGAGAAAAAUAAAAAAAUUAUUUUAGAGGAGGAAGAUUUUUUUUUCAUUA